AUGGCUGAUAAAUAUGGACCCAUUUUUCAACUUCAGCUAGGAACCCAUCCGGCUCUUGUUGUAAGCAGUUGGGAAAUGGUUAAAGAUUGCUUCACUACAAAUGACAAAAUAUUUGCAAGUCGACCGAAAAUGACACUAAGCAAGUACUUUUACAAUGAUGCUGUUUUUGCUUUGGCCCCUUAUGGACCAUAUUGGCGUGAAAUUCGCAAAAUGGCGACUCUUGAACUCUUCACCAAUAGCCGGCUUGAGAAACUGAAGCAUGUCCGUACAUCAGAAGUGGAUUGUUGUAUUAAAGAAUUGUACUCGUUCUGUAAUAAUAAUAAUAAUAAUUUCCCAACACAAGUGAACUUAAGUAGCUGGUUUGAGCACAUAACGUGCAACAUAAUCAUUAGAAUGCUUGCUGGGAAGCGAUUUUCGAGCAGUGUUAAUGAACAAAGUGGAACAAAGGAAAUGCAAUUCAAAGAAUCAAUAAAGAAAGCCUUGUUUCUUGGUGGAUCUUUUGUUGUCUCGGAUGUAAUUCCAUCGCUUGAAUGGAUGGAUAUUGGUGGCCAUAUUAAAGCCAUGAAGCAGACCUUUAAUGAAGUUGAUAGUGUAUUUGAUAUCUGGUUAAAAGAACACAUCCAGAAAAGAAAAGAUUGUGAUAAUAGUAAUACUGGAGAUGAUCACCAAUCUGAUUUUAUCGAUGUGAUGCUUUCAACUCUUCCAGAGGAAACCAUGGUGUCUGGAUACGACCGUGAUGCCAUUAUCAAGGCAACGACAUUAGUAAGUUGUUAUUAA